AUGGUAAUUGGUAUACAGGAGGGAGUCCAGUUUCUGCCAGAGGUUGUUGAGGGGUUGAAAGCAGAGAAAUGGCCGUUGGGAGAAAUAUCUCAAAAUAUUGAGCUGCAAGGAACAACAAAAGUAGGAAUAAAUGGGCAAGAUAUUUCUUCAUUAGAAAAGAAUGGAGGUCGAGGAGCAAAGAGGACGCAUACAGAAUCUGAAAAGCGAGAAGUUUUGGGGGAAAAAGUGUGGCCAGUUGAUGUAGAAGAAGCGUUUAUGGACGCGAUUGCGCGUAUUCCUAAGUUAGGACGGCGUAAAAUUGUUGUUGGGUCGAAACCGUGUGGUAGAAAUGAGUUGAUUGCUGAUUAUAUUUAUCGUCGUACUGGAAAAAUACGUACCCGAAAACAGGUUUCAAGUCAUAUUCAGGUGUUAAAGCAUCUUCGUCGAGAAGAUCCUGAAUUUUUAAAGAUGGUUUCUGAUACACCAUGUCUUUCUCCUGAAAAGACGAAAACGAACACAUCUUUUCUUUCUCCAUCAAGUCCACCUUUUACUCAGCUUAAUUCAUCAGUGUCUUACCAACGUUCGAAUGCAUUUGAUUUUUCACAAACAUUGCAUAGUAAUUCUUUGAUGUCAGAUAUAUCUAAAUAUUCUUAUUUUCGCAUUUUGGAGUUUUCGAUUUGGAAAACAACGUUUGCCUCCGAGCAUGUUUAUUCUCGAUUAAAAGAUUCUUCCUUUUCUACAUCUGUUUUUCUUGAUUCUUUGCCUAACUGGACUGUUCGAUUUCCUUUUUUAGUUGAAGUUCUUCUUUCAUCUAAUGGUAUCACUUGUCCGGUUUAUCAUGUUACUUCAACGCUUUCGAUACCACCUCAUAUAGAUAAUGAAAAAAGUGCUUUUCAGGCUCAUUUUGUUCUGGCAAAACCGCCUACAGUACAUGAUGAAACAUGGGGAUGUGUAAUACGUAUUUAUACGAUGAGUCAAUGCAUAUUGGAACUUAAACAGAAAGCAUUAGUGAACAAUGAUACAAUUAUUCUUCCUUUCGCUAUUGAUUUUUGGGCUACAUUUCUUUCUGGAUUAAACACAUUGUCUACUGGUUGUCAUUCAACAAGCACUCCUCUUAAUGCUGAGAAAUUAAAAUGUAAGAAAGAGUGGGAAAUUCAUGUAGCUGUCAAAGGCAUUACUGUUGUUUUUGAGGUGUUACGUUUUACGAAUUCUUCUUCUCGGAUGGCACUUCUUGCUUGGGAAUUCGAGACAGUGUUUUCUGAUGCUGGAAUUACUAUUUGUCGGGAAGUCGUUUUUGAUCAUUUUCCUUAUAGUCCGUCUCAUAAUGAACAAUUAUUUACACCUUCAACUAACUAUGAACAAUCUACGACACCUUGUAUGAAUUUUCAUUCGAGUCCUCUUAGUAUGUAUAGUACAAAUUGUCCGAUGCCGAUUUCUAAUUAUUUAUCUCCUCCUUCUAUCUUACGAUCAGCAAAUAUUUCCGUUUUGUUUGAUAAUCUUCAGCAGUAUACACCCUCACAGACAUCUGAUAUUACAAAUACUUUAUCAUUUGUUGCAUCUGAGUCUUAUAGCUCUCAAGAUAGGUUUUUAGCAAGUUCGGCUUCAGAAAAUGAAACAGUAAGUGCUUGGCAAACUGAAAGUCUUCCUAAGCUUGGAUUUUUUCCUACAAAUACCAAUAGUGUUUCGACGUUUGAUAGUUCUGAAAAUUUAAAAAAAAAUGAUUCUAUAUAA